AUGGCCCCUGCUCCCUCCGGGAGAAGCCCACGUUACCCCUUUUUAAAUAAGCCCUGCCACCCCAGCGUGUGGGGGACAGGCUCGGUGUCACUUCGUGUGGACGUGCACAAGAACAGCAAACACAAGGCACGGCCCGCCCGCGUGAUCCGGGGGGUGGGAGAGUCCCAGUUCCCACCCUGCCCGGCCACCAAAGGGCCGGAGGACAGGCUCCGGGGAGCUCCACGGCGGCGCCGGGGACAAUGGGGCGCUGGGCCGGCCACGCAGGCAGGCGAGCGCUCGGCGGCGGCGCUGGACCCGGGCCUGGCUCCCAGCCGAGGCGCCUGGGUGGGACGGGGGCGGGGCCUCCCGGCGGGAGGGGAUGACGGGCGGGCAGGUUGUCCAAUCGCGAGCCGCGAGGGGCGCCGGCGGGCCAGUGAGCGGGCGGCGGGGCGGGGCCUGCGCGGGGAGGCAGGCAGCCGCCCGGGCCGCGGCGGGAGCGGCGGCGUGGAGGCACCGUGCUGCGGCUGCGAGCCAGCCGCAGUGGGAGUGGGUCCAGCGCGCGGCGACGGCUGCAGCGGCAGGACCAUGGCAGCGCCCGCCGGAGCCGGGGCAGGGAAGGCAGCCGCAGGCCACAGGCUCUGGCCGUGGCCGGUGCUGGCCGCGGCGCUCGUGCUGUGGACAGCUGGUGUGUCGGCCUUGGAGGUGUACACACCCAAAGAAAUCUUUGUGGCAAACGGGACGCAAGGGAAGCUGCCGUGCAAGUUCAAGUCCACUAACGUGACCGGCGGGUUGACGUCCGUCUCCUGGAGCUUCCAGCCCGAGGGGGCUGACACCACAGUGUCGUUCUUCCACUACUCCCAAGGACAAGUGUACCUGGGCAACUACCCCCCGUUUAAGGACAGAAUCAGCUGGGCUGGAGACCUGGACAAGAAAGACGCGUCCAUCAACAUAGAAAACAUGCAGUUCAUUCACAAUGGCACCUACAUCUGCGACGUCAAGAACCCUCCGGACAUCGUUGUCCAGCCUGGGCACAUCAGGCUGUACGUGGUGGAGAAAGAGAGUCUGCCGCUGUUCCCGGUCUGGGUGGUGGUGGGCAUAGUCACUGCUGUGGUUGUGGGUCUCACCCUGCUCGUCAGCAUGAUCCUGGCCGUCCUGUACCGAAGGAGGAGCUCUAAGCGGGAUUACACUGGCUGCAACACAUCAGAGAGUCUGUCUCCGGUUAAGCAGGCUCCACGGAAGUCCUCCUCCGACACAGAGGGUCUGGUAAAGAGUCUGCCUUCCGGAUCCCACCAGGGCCCAGUCAUAUAUGCGCAGUUAGACCACUCCGGCGGCCAUCACAGUGACAAGAUCAACAAGUCGGAAUCCGUGGUGUAUGCGGACAUCCGGAAAAAUUAAGACCCAGAGCAUCCUGGACAAGAAACAAACCCAAACUGGACUCUUGUGCAGAAAAUGUAGCCCAUAACCACGUGUGGCCUUGGGGACCCAGGCAAGGACACACACACGUGUAGACCCAGAGGGAGGGAAGGAUGUGGGUGAAGGACAUGUGUAUUCUAUUUAAUCUUCCUGCUGUAGGGCCAGCGUUGCAUGUCGAGAAGAUGGUGUGAGGCUGUGAAUCUGCCUACGUAUAAACGUCUUGCCGUUUUUGUACAUGCUUUGGGAGUCAUUAACAGUUGGGACAUUUCAGAAACAUUCCUGUCACCACCAUUUAGAUGUGGUUGCCUUUCAGAGACAGUAGCAGACUUCUGUGUUUCCAGUGGACGUGGCCUUUUAAUCCAAGGGCUCAACCAGUCUUAGCAUUUAUUGUCAUUGGAGGAAGGAGAUCCCGUGGCGGACACGCAGCCAGGGGCCCUAUCACACGCGCCAGAACCGUUCAUUUGGUUGUAGCUUUUAGACAGCAUCUGUUAACUAUGCCACUUACAGAAGGUUCGAGAAAUUUGUGUUGGUGCUUUUCUAAAACAUGGGGCAAAUUUUAUGUGUUAUGUCGACUUCCUUAAAUGUCACACCCUUUAUGUCCUGUCAGUGUGUGGGUUCAUGACAGCAGGUUAGCAAGGAUAAGUGUGCCACUAGGUGCCACUGGUGCCGCUCCCCUCCAGGUGCCUUAGAUCAACACAUGGGGGUGAUUUGAUGGAAAGGCCAGGCUGAGCUCGGGAGUGUGGCACCUGUGGAGGAGAAAGGUAUCAAUCACAUUCUUGACCCUGGUCCUUCCUCCUUGGGCCAGAGUGGCCAUAACACAGGAAGCCAGAGAGGCCUUGGCUCCGUCCCCACAGGGGAUAUGGGAAGGGAUCUGGGCUGGCUGGAUCACCUGGUGGUCAGAGGGCCCUGGUGGUCAGAGGGCCCUGGUGGUCAGAGGGCUCUGGCCUCGAACUGCACAGGAUGACCUUCCCCCAGAAGCCUCAGGCCUCCAGCAAAGCAGCCCCGGGCAGUCGGCCUGGUCUCCCCAAAGCUUCCCACCCCCAAGACGAUUGGGGUUCAAGGGGUCAAGACUUUUAGGAAUCAGUGGAAGUAGAGUGGCCCCGUGCGCUCUCUUCUCUUCCUGUUUUGGUGUUGUGGUUGGUUUGUCCCCCACCUUCGCGCCCCCCCGUUACUUGAAACAGUGAACAGUGGUGUAGGAAGGAGAGGGAUCUGUUUUCUCAUUUUCCUCCACGGCCGCCCUGCCACCUCUCUGCGUUUUCAGGUUUUCCUGGGCUGGCAAAGCUCCUGAGACCGCCGUGCAGGUUGCAUUCUCCCAUCUUCCAGAGUGCUUUGUUUUAAAAGAAACAUUUUCCCCUUUAGAACAGCCCGGAGCCCUGGCUAUGCGAAGAGUGUCAUCUAGAAGGUGGGGGCAGGGGCGUGGGCCCUUCCCCUGGGGUCCUGAGAGCUGCUCCCCCUCCCACCUCGGUCCCCUGUGGGAAGUGUGGGAAGCUGCGUCCUAAGAGCAUUUUAAAGGGAAAAGGCACGACUCGGGUUAGAGGUGCUCCAAGGUGGUGAGUGGAGAAAGGGCUGCUGCGGGGCCCGCCGUCCACCCCUGAGCUCUGCUGCUCCCCCGGCUGCAGCCACACUGCGUGCACUCGCCAGCCACAGACGGGCUUGGUGGACACCUGCUGGCCGUAGCUGCCCUUCAGCUGGCUGCCAUUUCCACCCAGCACUCUGGCCUUCGACCCGAGACCUUUGCCUGUUUUCAAGACCCCGGGAGCCCUCAGCAGGCUCCUGCGUGGGUGGCUGGCCGGGGUGUGGUGGGGAGGCCCAGUGCCAGAGCCCAGGUGUGAGCCUGCCUUCUCUCCUUCCUGUAGGACCAUGCGAGUGGGAGGCCGGGGCCCUGUGGGCUCCACACACUUCUCUUUCCUCCCCUCCCCGACUCCUGGCCUCCCUGCCCAGUGGACACCUCACACUGUCUGCCUCUGCCUCGUGGCAGAAGAUCCCUCCUGACCCUUCCCCCAGGGCAGCGAGCGUCCUGGCCAGCCUGCCUGCCCUGGAAGCCGCUUGGAAAAGCCUCUUACCAGAGGCUGGUACCCAGGAGCAGAGCCUCCGCCCACUGGUCCACCACUUCCCCCUGGUUGUCUGGCCCUUGUGACCAGGGCCAGACUUGCAACAAGCAGAAAGAGGCCAAAUUUUUCAUGAGUCUUGUGAAGGGCCACCUAAAAGGGAUCACCUAGGAAAUUAAAACUCCUAACCGUCUAGUUGCUCAAUGGAAAUGUAUCCAACUAGGGAAAAAAAAUGUCAAUACAUUAUUAUUUUUGAUCUUUUUCAUUUGUACUUCUGUGAAUAUUUUAAUACAUCAUUUUUAAUUUCUGAA